CGUAAAGCGGAGUUGCCGCCGCUGUUGGGUGAGAAAGCAAGAUUAUCUUCUUAUUCAAAAAAGAUGAAACGAACACGGUUACUCUCAAAAGACAACCAAGUGAGCACCUUAGACUAAUGAGUAGAAUCAAUAAGAACGUGAUUUUGGCGCUUUUAACUUUGACAAGUUCUGCAUUUCUACUGUUUCAGUUGUACUACUACAAGCACUAUUUAUCAGCAAAGAAUGGAGCUGGUUUAUCAAAAUCUAAAGGAAGCCGAAAUGGAUUUGAUAGCACACAGUGGCGUGCAGUUAAAAAAUUUAUUAUGCUAACAUCCAGCCAAAAUGUACCAGUGUUCCUUAUUGAUCCUUUGAUUCUGGAAUUGAUUAAUAAAGACUUUGAACAAGUCAAAAAUACUUCUCAUGGCUCCACUUCAGAAUGCAAGUUUUUCUGUGUUCCAAGAGACUUUACUGCGUUUGCACUGCGGUAUCACCUGUGGAAGAAUGAGGAAGGCUGGUUCCGGAUAGCUGAAAAUAUGGGAUUUCAAUGCCUAAAGAUUAAGAGCAAAGAUCCCCGGCUAGAUGGGAUAGACUCCCUUUCUGGAACUGAAAUUCCCCUGCACUACGUCUGCAGAUUGGCCAAUCAUGCCAUCCACUUGGUGGUCUUUCAUGAGAGGAAUGGCAACUACCUCUGGCAUGGCCAUUUACGACUCAAAGGACACAUGGAUAGGAAAUUUGUUCCUUUUCGAAAGUUACAGUUUGGUCGUUAUCCUGGAGCUUUUGACAGGCCAGAGUUGAAACAAAUUACUGUUGAUGGACUAGAAGUUUUCAUCCCGAAAGAUCCAGUGCACUUUCUAGAAGAAAUACCACACUCUAGGUUUAUUGAGUGUAGGUAUAAAGAAGCUCGAGCAUUCUUUCAGCAGUACCUUGAUGAUAACACUGUGGAAGCUAUGGCCUUUCGGAAGAAUGCAAAGGAAUUAUUGCAACUGGCAGCCAAAACAUUAAAGAAAUUGGGAGUACGGUUCUGGCUGAGCAGUGGAACUUGUCUAGGGUGGUAUCGGCAAUGCAACAUUAUUCCUUAUAGUAAAGAUGUUGACCUAGGAAUUUUUAUACAAGAUUAUAAAUCUGAUAUUAUUUCAGCAUUUCAGGAUGUAGGACUUCCACUCAAACACAAAUUUGGGAAGGUAGAGGACAGCUUGGAACUAUCUUUCCAAGGAAAAGAUGAUAUAAAACUCGACAUUUUUUUCUUCUAUGAAGAGACUGACCAUAUGUGGAAUGGAGGCACUCAGGCCAAAACGGGAAAAAAAUUUAAAUACCUGUUUCCCAAGUUUACACUGUGCUGGACCGAGUUUGUAGACAUGAAGAUUCAUGUGCCCUGUGAAACUAUUGAGUACCUUGAAGCCAACUAUGGUAAGAGCUGGAAGAUUCCUGUGAAGACAUGGGACUGGAAGCGCUCUCCCCCCAAUGUGCGGCCCAAUGGAAUCUGGCCUAUUUCUGAGUGGGAUGAGGUUAUCCAGUUAUACUGAGACAGUAGGUUGAAAUGGUAGAAUCCCCCUUCUGAAACAAAGGUGGAUAACUGUUUAAGAAGAUAAAUCUCUAUUUGUCAAAUGUAAGUAGGGGCCAAAGAUAUGUCAAGUGUGAAGAUGCAGAAAGAGUCCUAACCUCUGAGCCAUCUGAUUUAAUUCUCUCAUUUUACUUUUAUUAAGGAGUCCCCGUGUGCCAGGUACAGUGCUAGGUUAGAGUGGAGAAGCGGAGAUGAGUGACACACAUGCCUGUCUCUUCCCCUUCCCUUUGGUAAGCACCUCAGUUUUCCUUUGAGGGAAACACCCUUACCUUUGAAGCUCCUAUAAAAUAUGAUGUUCUUUCAGAAUGUUAGAUAAUGGUUGGACUGGAUGAUGGGUUUAUUGGGCAAAGCUAAGGAGGGAUAUACCAGUAAAAAAGAAUAGCCCGUUCCUGCAAUCAGAAGUUAAGCUUGUAUGUUAGUGCUGCUUUUAAGGUUGUAGAGUUGGAGUUAAUAUUUAAGUGAUCAGACUUUAGGUGGCAUCAAGAAAAGAUGCUAGAUUCAUUUUACAAGCAACAGAAUGAGAGCUUCUUUCUAGCUUUGUCAAAGAUAUGCAAAUUUCCGUACAUUUUCUAUUUUUAUAUUCGAAGUGAAAAGGAAGCUUGUGCUUGUGUGAUGCUUUAAUUUCCAGCUAUUGUGAGAAUAUUUUCACUGACCUCUGUAGCACUUGUUAACAAAUCAUUCAAGCGAGAUCAUGCUACCAGACGUGAUUUUGAAAGGGUUAUGAUUUCACAAAACUUACUUUCCUUGUUUCAUUACCAACCAUCUGUUAGGUAAAAAUACGAGCUAUUCAAGGACUUUAAUAUUUUCUGAAUUUUUAAUCCUUGUACUUCCAAUUUUAAUGUUAACACUAAAAUAGUAAUAGAAAUACCUCUAAUUUUUCUAAGUGUACUCUUCUGUGUAUUCAUUCAUCAAUUACAGCUCCGUAUCUUUAUUUAUGGCCUAUAAACCAAUUUAAAUGGUAUAUAAGCCUACCUGUCCCCUCUCCUCUAUACUAUAUCACAUGUCCAAAAUGAAGAUAAAUGGCAAAUCUGACAAAUGCUUUCUCCGUCCUCCUGCCCCCAGAUCAUGGUGUUUGUAAAAUUUGUGUCCAUUCUCAUUGUUCUAUCUAGAUGUUCUGUCUGUUGCAUAUUGAUGGGACGAGAACUCAGACUUCCCUGCUUUAUCAAGUACCACCAAUUUUAAAACCCUUCAGUUUCCUUUCCCCGCCUCAAGAUGUGUUUCUGAGUGGGCUGGGAUGGCCCUGUCUCCCCCAUCUCUUCAUGAGUCAUUUAAUGGUAUAUUCCAAGUGAGAAGUAAAGGUAUAUGUAGGCACAGUAAACACUGCUAUCUUUUUCUUUGUCCAGGAAAGGAAGCCAAGUCUUACAUUUCAUCCAGGCUGCUUAGGACUACUUUCUCAACAAAAUCCCAGACUUUCCUCUAAAACCAGAGAAUAAUAGCAAUGUCAGAAUGGAAACCAGAGGGUCUGAGGGAAUAGGCUGACUGAAUUUUCCUAAAACAAAGUUGGGAAAAGUGACCUGCAGCCACCGAACUUUAUAUUUUCAAAACACCAAAAACUUUUUUUUGAUAAAUGAUAACCACUGACCUUCCUCCCUUAGGAUGAGCUUUCAAUGUGUACUCAUUGGAUCUUUUCAUAACUAACAUAAUGAGGUUUUCAGGGACUCUUACAGAUUACCAGUACACUUGUCCCCAAAUGACCGGCCACUGUAAUCAGAUUCUCUUUGCUGGAAAAUCAGCCCAUAGAAAUUACACCAGAAUUCUAAAUAGCUGAACCUAAUUUCAUUUUUCAUGGUUGAAAACAUAUCAGGAUAAUAAUAGUGUUCCUCGGUAAAAUCUACCCUGCUUAGUGAGGACCAUUUGCUUGUGCUCAGCAUCUAGAAGUGUAUGUAAAAGUACAUACAUAUUUCUGCCCAUUUCAAGUUGGGGCUUCCACUGUUUGCCAGGGGGUCCUACCCACCCUUUAUAUAUAUAUAUAUAUAUUUUAAAGAUUUUUAUUUAUUUGACAGAGAAAC